AUGAUUGGACUUGGAAUCAUUAUUGUUCUAUUUACUGCGUUUUACUUUUAUCAGCUAUCUCGGAGAAACACAAAAUACAUGAGGAAUGUUCCAGGACCGAAGCCAAAUAUAUUUUUUGGAAAUUUAUUGGAAUUUGCUUUUAUACCAACAUACAAGUAUUUAGAUGUUUUCUUAGGAUUUAUACGUGACUAUGGUAAAUUAGUCAAGGUUUAUGAUGGACCAUUUAGUAUGGCAUUGGUUGCUACAGAUGAGAAAUUCGUGGAGCAUGUAUUAAGUUCGACGAAAUAUAUUGAUAAAGCUGACCAAUAUGAUUACCUCAAAGGAUGGUUAGGAGAGGGAUUAUUAGUUAGUACAGGGGCGAAGUGGAAAAAGCGAAGGCGUAUGCUUACUCCUGCUUUUCACUUUUCCAUUUUAGAAAACUUUCUUGAAGUCUUCGAUAGCGUUGGAGAUAUAUUUAUACAAAAACUUCGAAGGGAAGUAGGCAAAAAGAGUGUCGAUAUCAGCGAGCUCGUAUCUCUUUACACGCUGGAUGUUAUAUGUGAGGCUGCCAUGGGGAUAAAGUUAAAUGCCCAAACAGAUUCAACGUCUCCAUAUGUAAGAAGUACCAAAUCCAUGUGCUACAUAAUUAUAGAUCGAGUUUUAUCUCCUCUAGACCCUUCAUUGUAUCCUUUAACUUUAAACUAUUACCGUGAAAAGAGAGCAUUAAGGGUACUUCACGCCUACACCGAUAGUGCUAUCGACAAAAGAAUAUCUGAAAAAAAGAAAAAAAUAGAAGUUGUAGUCGAUGAAAAUACCAACAUUGGUAUAAAGAAAAAACAGGCAUUUUUAGAUUUGCUUUUAGAUUAUACAAUGGAUGGAAAACCCUUAUCGAGAACCGAUAUUAGAGAGGAAGUUGAUACUUUUAUGUUUGAGGGUCACGAUACAACAUCGUCUGCCAUAAGUUUUGCAAUGUUUGCUUUGGCCACCCAUCCCGAAGUUCAGAAAAAAGCAUUUAUGGAACAAAAGGAAAUGUUUGGUAACUUUGCAGAUGCUAAGCCCACUAUAUCUCAGUUGCAGGAUAUGAAAUAUUUAGACCUAAUAAUAAAAGAAACUUUAAGAUUAUAUCCUUCAGUACCUAUAUUAGGACGACGAUUACCAGAAGAUAUGGAAUAUGAUGGACAUCUACUUCCAAAGGGUAUGAAUAUCUUGUUGUCUACUUUUGCUAUGCAUCGAUGUGAAGAGUAUUUUCCAGAAUCUCUCAAGUUUAUUCCAGAAAGAUUUGAAGACGCAAAAUUAACAAAUCCAUACGUAUACACUCCUUUCAGUGCUGGUCCGAGAAAUUGCAUAGGUCAAAAAUUUGCAAUACUAGAAGUCAAAAGUACGCUAUCCGAAAAUUUUAAGAAAUUUUGA